AUGGAGGCCACAGCCUGUAAUAGAUCAAAAGACUCUUUGCCUGUCUUCUACCUGGUGGGCAUCCCCUCUCUACAGGAGGCCCUCUUCCUCCCUGUGUUCGUCGUCUUCCUGCUCUUCUACCUGCUCAUCCUGGCAGGUAACACCCUGAUCCUGGUGGCUGUGGUGGCAGAGCCCAGCCUCCACAAGCCCAUGUACUUCUUCCUGAUCAACCUCUCAGCCCUGGACAUCCUCCUUACCACGUCAACUGUCCCCAAGAUCUUGUCCCUACUCUUACUUAGGGACCACUUCCUCAGCUUCCCUGCCUGCUUCCUGCAGAUGUAUCUCUUCCACGGCUUCACAUGCUCUGAAGCCUUCAUCCUGGUGGUCAUGGCCUAUGACCGCUAUGUGGCUAUCUGCCGCCCACUACACUACCCUGUCCUCAUGACCCCGCAGACCAAUGCUGCACUGGCAGCCAGUGCCUGGCUCACUGCCCUCCUCCUGCCCAUCCCAGCAGUGGUGCAGACAUCCCACAUGGCUUUUGGUUCUGUGGCCCAGAUCUACCACUGCUUCUGUGACCACUUGGCUGUGGUCCAGGCCUCCUGCUCUGACACCACGGGCCAGACCUUCAUGGGCUUCUGCAUUGCCAUGGUAGUGUCCUUCCUGCCCCUUCUGCUGGUGCUUCUCUCCUAUGCCCGCAUCCUGGCCUCAGUGCUUCGCAUCAGCUCCCAAGAAGGACGCUCAAAAGCCUUCUCUACCUGUAGCUCCCACCUCCUGGUGGUUGGCACCUACUACUCCUCCAUUGCCAUAGCCUAUGUGUCCUACAGGGCUGACCUGCCCCUGGAUUUCCACAUCAUGGGCAAUGUGGUGUUCGCCAUUCUCACACCUGUCCUCAACCCCCUCAUCUACACUCUGAGAAACAAGGAUGUCAAAGCAGCCAUCACCAAAAUGGCAUGUCCCUGGGACCAAGGGCACUCUGGAAACCUUUGA